AUGGACUUUGUGGUGGGUUUGCCUCGCACUCGCUUGAAGCAUGACUCUAUUUGGGUGAUUGUAGACCGACUUACGAAGUCGGCGCAUUUCUUACCGGUAAAGAUGACUGACAUGGCACCACAUUAUGCUAAGUUAUCACCUAUUGGGUGGUUUGAGCCGACUGAAGUACAACUACUUGGUCCCAAUCUUGUACAUGAUGCCUUAAAGAAGGUGGCUUUGAUUCGACAACGGCUUAAGACUACUCAGAGCCGACAAAAAGGCUAUACAUAUGUACAUCGACGUAAGUUGGAGUUCAAUGAGGGUGAUCAAGUUUUCUUGAAAGUAUCGCCAAUGAAGGGCGUUAUGAGAUUUGGGAAGAAAGGCAAGCUAAGUCCUAGAUUCAUUGGUCCAUAUCGAAUCUUGAAAAGGAUUGGUGAAGUAGCCUACAAGCUAGAGUUACCUGCAUUGAUGACUUUGGUUCAUCCUGUCUUUCAUGUAUCGAUGCUACGGGAGUAUGUGCCCGAUCUUGCUCACAUCAUCUCACCGGAGGUAGUAGAAAUAAAUGACGAUUUAACUCAUGACGAAGAACCGGUUGAGAUUCUUGAUAG